GAAAUGACAAGGUGAGGACAGCAAAGAAAACAAAUGCAAAGGAUUGGGUCCAGUCAUCACUGAUAAUGGAAGGCCAAACUUCAAGAAAAUGUCUUCUUCAGAAGAAUAUUUUUAUUUUCCUUUUCUUGACUUUACUUGUUUUAUGGGUAAUUGUUUACAGUACUAACCUUACUGAUCACAUAACCUGCACAUUAGCAGAGGAGAAAGUCCCAGCCACCAAAACACUGAAACAUCCCACUGAGCCUCAAAACCAUACAGCUGUUUGCUCCUUCCAUUCUGUGUUACCUGCAGAUGCUCUUGAGUCAGAAUUUUUAAAGGACUACAUUGCCUGGCCUGAAACACCAUCCCUGCCAUCUUACUUUUCUCUGAAUGACACCAGCAAUGCAGCACACAGCACUUUCACAAUUCUCCCUCGUAAUGGAGGGGGGAGUUGGCAAGUAGGGGAUCAAAUGGAGGUUUUGAUAGAAAUGAAUGACUUCAAUGGUCACCACAAGAAGUCUGGUGGAGACGUCCUUUUUGCUCGACUGCACAACCCCACUGUUCAUGCAGGUGUGGUGGGGAAAGUGCUUGAUCAUCAUAAUGGUUCCUACACUGCUGUAUUCUCCUUACUUUGGGAAGGAAGUGCACAAGUUGAGGUGAUCCUGAUCCACUCCAGCGAGGCAGUGAAUGCUAUAGAAAGAGUCAAUUUGGAAUACCCUGGCAGAAUUUUUUUUCGAAGCGUUUUCCGCUCUGGCUCAGUCACUGAAACCACCACUUGUAAUGUAUGCCUUAUGGCACCGCCAGAGCAGCUAUGCAACUACACUGAUCUCAACACAGGUGAGCCCUGGUUCUGCUACAAGCCAAAGAAACUCAGAUGUGAGCACAGGGUCACUCACUCUUUUGGAGGUUUCGACAAUAAACCAAUAAAAAUGGAGAAAAGGCUGUUUCAAAUUGGUGUCAACAUGAAAGCAUCCAUUCGGUCAGCAGGAUCCUCAAAAAUCAAUAUUUUACCAAAGCUUAAAGUUUCCAAUGAAACAGUACCUGCUAAUGUAUCAGGAAAAAGUUUGUGGACCAGACCUGCUGGUUAUUACUACAAAGAUGCAUGGCAGGCUCUAGAUGGCACCAAGGUUCAUCAGUUUAACAAUGCCGAAGCAAUAACUCAGUGCCUGAAAGGAAAGGAGGUCCACAUGUAUGGAGACUCCACCAUCAGACAGUGGUUUGAAUAUUUAAUUGCAAAAGUACCAGAUCUUAAGAAGUUUGACCAGAAAAAACCUCCAAAAACAGGACCCUUUCUGGCCUUGGAUUAUACAAACAACAUCUUAGUGACAUGCCGCUCCCAUGGUCCUCCCCUCCGUUCUCCUCUGAUGCUUGUCAGUCAAUUACACUUAGUUGCCAAUGAACUGGACAGCGUGGAUGGAGGCAACAACACUGUUGUAAUAAUUGGUGUCUGGGCUCACUUCAGCACUUUUCCUGUUGAGGUCUACAUCCGACGUCUGCUGAGUAUAAGGAGAGCAGUCGUGCGGUUGUUGUCCAGAGCUCCAGGUACCCUGGUUAUCAUUAGGACUGCUAAUCCUAAAAGGAUUACACUAGAGGAGUCAGUUACCACUGAUGAUUACUAUUUUUUACAGCGUGAUAAGAUACUCAGGACAAUAUUUAAAAAAGUCAAUGUCCGAUUGCUGGAUGCCUGGGAGAUGACCCAGGCCCACUACCUCCCACACAAUGUCCAUCCACCGCCUCCUAUAAUUAAGAACAUGAUCGAUGUUGUUUUGUCCUAUGUAUGCUUUCCCCAACCUCAAACUUAAAAUCAAAGAAAUGGAAAACUUUAUUAACUGGUUAUUAAGGUUAUUAGGGGGAGUGGCAGCCUAGUGGUUAGGGUAUAGGGCUUUGAAUCCCCCAAGGGGAUGGGUUAAAUGCAGAGAAUUAAUUUCCCUCUGGGAUUAUUAGAGUAUAUAAAAAAAUAUUUAAAAAAAAAUAUUGGUGAUUAGUAACACUUCUGGCUUGACAUCACUCAUAAAUCCUCCAACAGUCAUGAGAGAAUUAUUAACAAAAUCAGGAUAAGAUUGAAUGAAUUCAACACUGUGGCCACAUUCAAUGGAGAAUCUUUUAAAAUAAGAUGUCUGUAAGAUAUAGAAAAUAAAUGACAUACUGUAUUAAAAAGUAUACUAAAUCCUCAACACUCAAUAUCUAUUUUGUUAUUCCAUAGCCCAUUUAACACUUUAACUUAACAUGACGUAUAAUGUGAAUCUAUCUAGAUUCAUCAACACAAGUCAAUAGAACAGGUCUGGUAACAUAUCAUAUGAAAGACGAUCCCAAAAAGCAACUGAAAAUGCCCAGAUCUGACAACAUAUAAGAGAAAAGGUCAACAUCAGGCUAGAGACAAAUCAAAAACAUAUUUGAGGAUUUUAAAUUCCAGCUAGCAGUGAGGGCCAUUAUCAGAAACUGUAAAAAAUGUGGAAUGCUGGGAUAUUUUUAUUAUAUCAAACAUCCGUCCAUCUUAUUCCGUCAAGGUCACAUUGGGGCCGCUGCCUAUCUGUGACAGUCUAUGGGUGAGAGGCGGGGUACACCCUAGACAGGUCGUCAGUCUGUCGAAGGGCAACAAAGAGACACACAAAGACAUACAACCAUGCACACUCACUCCAAUUUACAGAUCCCGAUAGACCUAACAGUCAUAUUUUUGGACUCCAGGAGUAAGCUGCAGUACUCCAAGAGAACCCAGACACGCACAGGGAGAACAUGUAAACAUGCAGAGAGACCUCGGGCCAGGACUCAAACCCAAAACCGUGUUGCUGCAAGACAACAGUGCUUACAAACUGUGCCACCAUGCAGCCCAAUAUCAGUCAUUUUAUCUUUUUUUUUAUGUAAUUGUCUUAUUUUUAAUUCUUCACUUCACAGUCUCACCCCUCGUCCAACACCUCUGGACACAAAAAGAAUAAAGGCCUUUGGACAAAAAAAAAUAAAUAAAUAAAAUAUAAAAACGACCACAAUAAAAAUAGUCAUUCAAUUCUUAUUUUAAUCUCUAAAUUCAGAGUUAUUCUAUGAAUUAAAUUUCAGAAUUCUGACUUUAUUCUCAGAAUUCUCAAUUCUGACUUGAAUCUCCAGAUUUUGAAGAAUGUUUCCCUCUGUCCAUCCGAAUUAAAUUCAGACUUCUGAGAUUAAACUUAGAUUAUUAUUUCGUUUUUCAAUGGCCCUAAUCCUUUUCCAUAUCCAGAGGUGUUGGAUCACAAACUGCAGGCUAUAUUAAGAGUAAGACUCCCCUCUGCUGGCCAAAAAGGAAGCUGCAUGCAAAGUAGAUAGCACCCAUGCAAAGGAAAAUAAAGGGAAAAUAAAAAAGAAGAUAAAAACAGAACAUUUAUAAUCCCUAUUUUGAGUGGAUAUUACAGUUUAAGCAAUGAGUAAAUGUCUGGUAAAUUAUGUGAGGUAUUAAAGCCUGUGUAGUGUGUCUGAAUCUCACAUGAAUAUUUCCUUCAGCUGCACUGUUCUUAUGUGUGGAAAGCAAUUAUACGGUACAUUUCAAAAGGUUAUUCCUCACUUUCAUUUUUCAAAGUUGCAUCUUUUAUAUAGAGGUUUCAGGUUUUUCUGACAGACACACUAAUCCAUUCUUAGACUUUUAAACUUAAAAAGAUUUAUUUUUUCAUUUUGUAUACUCAAGUAUAAACAUAAAGACAUUUUGUUAAGAACAGCUCUCUAGACAAUGUUUUUUAAAGUGCAGCCUUGAAAACAGUAGAAAAUACCGUAUUUUCGCGACUAAAAGGUGCAUAUAAACGUAUUUUUUCCCUCAAAAUGUGCGGCGCGUCCUAUAGUGCGAUGCGCCCUAUGUGUGUUGUUACUGCGGACGUUGUUGAGACCGCGAUGAGAACAUUA